AUGGCCGACUUUCAAAACUAUCACCGCCCUCAGGGUCACUCUCAAGCCGCUCCAACGGGCUCCCGAAGGCUUCAACGAAACAUCGCUAAUCAGUCCACCUACGCGACGAUGCAGGACUGGAUUCGUGCAUUCCCCCGUCCCCGCCUGAACCGUGUCACGAAGCCUCGAAGUGCGGGCAACAGCCCCUCGGCCGCCACGCGUCGACGCACCACCAUCGGCCAAGGGGUGGGUUCCGGAGUAUCACCUCAGUAUCACCAGUCAUCCUUGGAGGCGGCGUACCUUGCUUCCGCCACCCAGCAAUCUCGCCCGAUCAGCUGGCAUCCUUCGUCGGACAGGUCUCAAGGGCUCGCAACCCCCAGCUGGACGCCCGACUAUCCCUCAGGGAACUGGACAGCCAACGGGUCGAUGGACCAUCAAAUGAACGGACUGCCAACCGAUGGCGUCAGUGCCUACUCGCUUUUCGCUGGAGAGGAUUUGCAAACGGGCUACUUCACCACCUACGGGGGUUAUCAAGAGAAUUGGCCCGCGCAGCCGCCGACUUCAGAGUCGAUGGGCUGGGACGGCUCAAGCUAUUAUGAUUACACCACCAUGAACUCUUCCGCCUUCGAUCCCUGGGCGGUAGAUUUGCUCACGCCGGCGAGCAACAUCCCCCCGGCGGAGACAGCCUGUCCCAGUUACGCUAGCGUGCCAUCUCCCGGCGAGAUCAGCGGCCCCUCAACGCCGGAUUUCCUCCCCAUCCAACAAUUUGAGGACGAGCCGGUCCUGGACAAGAAGCCAAUCGGCCAGCCGGAGGAGGAAGAGCUUGUGGGUAUGGGUCUUUACAGCCAGCCCGGCAGUGCUCAGAACUCCCUGCAACAGGGUGUGCUUGGCAAGGGGCUCAAGCUCGAGGAGACCUUUUCGCCGUCGGAAGAUGGAGAUGAGGACGCCGACGCCGAUGCUGAAAGCGACGAUGAUGAGGAUCACCCCCCAUCUCCUCAGCCACAACAGAGUGUUCCUGAACCCGUCUCCACCUCUUCGCGUUCGGCCUGGGCGGUCCCCAAGCAGACAUCCAAGCACGCGCUCAACCUCCUCCAAAAGUCCUUUUUCUUUGAUCAUGAUGAAUCAGAUCAAAGCCCCCUGACUGCUACACAGCCCUUUGCUACCCACACCCAGCCCUGUAUGACCUAUGGCUAUUCUUGGAUCUGA